AUGCACAAAAAUUCAGAUAUAAUUCAGCAGCCACCCAUCUGGGGCAAAACAGAAAGACCUGAAUCAACUCUUCCUUUUGUCCAGCCAACCGGUACUCCUGAAGAAGUUGCCAAUUCAAACGCAACUCCAUAUUCCCUUUUUCAACUAUUUUUUGACGAGGUUUUUGUAAAUCACUUGGUUUUUCAUACGAACCUUUACGCUGAGCAGGAACAAAUGCGUCCUGCAAAAACAUACAAAGCAACUACGUUUGAUGAAAUAAAUGCAUUCUUAGGAAUAAACUUACUCAUGGGAAUUAAGCGUUUGCCGAGUUAUAAGAAUUACUGGUUCAAUGCACCUGACCUUCAUGACAGCUAUAUUAGCUCCCUUAUGUCACAAAAAAGAUUUGGUUGGCUUUUGGGGCAUCUACAUAUCAACGACAACUCUACUAUGCCUAACCGUGAUUCUGACCAAUUUGAUCGCCUUUACAAGGUACAGCCUUUGCUAGAUCAUUUAGAAAAGGCAUUCAAAAACGCUCUUUUACCAAGUGAAGUUUUAGCCUUAGAUGAAUCAAUGAUCAAAUUCUAG